AUGAGAGCGAAAGCAACUUUGGUUAACUUCAGAUCAAAGCUUUCAGAAUCAUGCAACAGAUUCGUCUCUCUCUUCCGCUUCAGAGUUAAGAGACCUGUCUUCAUGAGACCUCUUCGCCGUGCACGUCAUGGCAAUGUCAAACCUAGACAUCGACAUCAUCCCAAGAAGCCAAUCUGUCCUUCCUCUUUGCUGUCUUGUCUCUGUUUUCUCAGCAAAAUCAAAGACCAGAAGAUAAGCCAGACCAAACCUUGUAAGAAAACUUCUCUACAAUUUAGUGUGAAGGAUGAUGAUUUUUCGAAGUUUACACAUUCGCCUCUUACGCCAGCAGCAGCCAAGAAGCUGUUCACUUCACCCAUCACGACACCUGUUUCUGCGUCAUGGACCAAGAAAUCACUGAACUCAAGAGAUACAUUCGAAGACAAUGCUGUGGAAGAUGCUUGCAGAAGCUUUGAAAACUAUCUUACUCAUCUGACUGAAGAAGGGAAAAUGUAUGACUUAAUGGACAUAGAGGAGCUUCUCUUCUGUUGGAAGAAUCUUAAGAGCCCUGUCUUCAUUGAACUUGUCUCCAGAUUCUAUGAAGAGCUCUGCAGAGACUUGUUUUCAGGUGAAUGA